AUGCCCAACCUUAAUUCCCCCAAGCCAAGAAAAUCCGGGGGGGCAGUAGCAGGUCGACGAACUCAUGAGGAAAAAAGACCUGCUACGAAGUUUACGCGGUGUCGGACGGGGUGUUUGCGGUGUCGGACGAGGAGGAGGAAGUGUAUUGACGUUUUUACCGAAGAAUACUUUGACGGUGGCGGAGGGGGAGUUGUAGGAGAGGGUUGUGCGGAGAGAAGAGCGGUCGAGGAAGGGGAGGUGGAGUUUGUGAAUGAGGAUCCUACGCUGGGUGGGGAUGAUGUUCUAGAUGAGGAUAGUAUAAGCGAUGGGGCGAGGGCCUCGGGAGAUGAGACUGUGUUGGCUCCAUCUAGGAUUGGUUCUGAGGUCGAUAUUGGUGGUGAUGAUGGGCUGCAUGGCUCACCUGCCAUGCACUACUCAUUGGUUGGUAGUAAAGCCUUCAGCGAUAGGGACAAAUCCGCUGUACAUGGGCUUCUUGCGUUGGGGAUAGGGAAUGGUGUCAAUAAUGAUAAGGCUGUCUCGGAUGAAGGCUACGGGAAGAGUGGGUCUGGAUUCGUCUCGUCAGAGUUGGUGGCUAGCACGCCUGUCAUGAUGAAGCAUGCUCCUAGCUUUGUGGGGUUUUCUGAGAGGUUGCAUUCGAGCAUAAGAGCCAAUUCAUUGACAGAUACGGCAAAGCUCAAGCUCAUAUGUCAUUAUCGGUACCAUUGGAGUUGCAGACUGACAAAUUACUUGCAGCUCGAUAUUUGCGAUCUCACUCAUCCAUUCGGAAUCGCUGCGGUCCAGAUGGCACUCGGCUCGGAGCCGCUCAUGACAGCUCUGCUGGGACUUUCCAAUGCUUGCGUUAUUGUAAAGGAUACGGGGAAUCAGCAACCGUCUCAUAUUAGUCGUAUUGAUCAGUGGACUCGUCCGCUGCGGUCAGAUAGCUUCACUUUAACUGCUGAGAAUGCUUUGACGGCCGUGCUAGAAGAGACAAGAUGGCUUGUCACCGAUAUCGCUCAGACUUGGAAGAACAUGGAGAACCUCAUGACACGGACACGGAAUCUUGAUCCAUUGGCUCAUCAAGCCCUUGAUCCAGGUAUUGCGUCAUCUAUCUACUGGAUGUUCUUCCGCCUAGACUUGAGUGCAGCGCUCGCAAACGACAGACCAAUUGGGACACAACUUCCGAUGCUCCCAUUACCUAGCCUACCAAUUCUGUCGAGAAUAGAAGAAGUCCGGGAAAGAACCCGAGCGUAUGCCCAUGUCCUCCUCUGGCUGUGUGGAAAAGCUUUGAUGCUAUAUCAUCAGCAGACCAGCCCCGGCCAGUUUACAGCCCCACAGCAGCAGCUGGAUAGCUGGCUGGAUGUUUUUGACGCAAUUGAGCAAUGGUACCAUCUGCGACCACACGAAUUCCAACCUAUGGUGGACUUGGGUGUUGACGAUCAACUUGCCCAGGCCGAAAGUGGAUUUCCGCUGCUGCUAUUCGCAAACGGGGCGGGUGCCUUCUGCAAUCAGUUGUACCAUACUGCCAUGCUACUUUUGCUGCAGUGUAAGCCACGCACAGCACUGUUGGGCUUGCAGUCAAUAACGUUGUCGCCACUGUGGCAUUCGCAACGUAUCUGUGGCAUCGCACUGAAUAAUGACCGUCGGGAAUCCUGGGAUCCAUGCCUGAUAGCCUCAUUCCUGGUGGCUGCCAGAAGAAUGACACAUGAAUCGCAGCAACAGGAGAUCUUGGAAGGCUUUGAGCGGGUGUGCAAUAUCACCGGAUGGGACUUGGAUGGAUAUUUGACGCAACUCCGAGAGGAUUGGUCCUUCAUUGAUGGUUUCUAG